CCGGCUUUGGAACGCACUACGUCACACGCCAAGGAUGGCGGCUGGGAAGGCGAUCAGCUGGAACGCACCCCUACGUCACGCGUAAUGGCGUCAGUGAAUGCAGACCCGAGCUGGCGGCGGAUCCGCCGCAGCCGAUAAAGAGGUGAGUCCGGGCCCCCACCCUACUGUCUCCCUCCGCCGGGACGGGAAGGGCACUUACCAGCCUUGGGUGGUCCCCCAUACGCAGGGAGUGGUGGCGCUGUCCCGCGGGGGGGUCCCUCUGGGCCUCGUCAUGCCGUCCAACGCUCGGGCCGGAAGCCUGAAGGACCCAGAGGUUGCUGAGCUCUUUUUCAAAGAUGACCCCGAGAAGCUUUUCACUGACCUUCGGGAAAUUGGACAUGGCAGCUUCGGAGCAGUGUACUUUGCCAGAGAUAUCCGUAACAAUGAGGUUGUGGCCAUUAAGAAGAUGUCCUACAGCGGGAAGCAAUCUAAUGAGAAAUGGCAGGACAUCAUAAAGGAAGUGAAGUUCCUCCAGAAGCUGCGACACCCAAACACUAUUGAGUAUAAAGGAUGUUACCUGAGGGAGCACACUGCUUGGCUGGUGAUGGAGUACUGCCUGGGAUCUGCUUCCGAUCUCCUGGAGGUGCACAAGAAACCUUUGCAGGAGGUGGAAAUUGCUGCUAUUACCCAUGGUGCACUGCAAGGCUUGGCCUACCUCCAUAACCACAACAUGAUCCACCGGGAUGUGAAGGCAGGGAAUAUCCUUCUUACUGAGCCAGGACUAGUGAAGCUGGGAGAUUUUGGAUCAGCCUCUAUAGUGGCUCCAGCCAACUCCUUUGUGGGGACUCCAUAUUGGAUGGCUCCAGAGGUGAUUCUCGCCAUGGACGAGGGACAGUACGAUGGGAAGGUGGAUGUCUGGUCUCUGGGGAUAACAAGCAUUGAAUUAGCCGAAAGGAAGCCGCCCUUGUUUAACAUGAAUGCAAUGAGUGCCUUAUAUCACAUCGCUCAGAAUGAGUCUCCUGUCCUACAGUCCAACCACUGGUCUGAAUAUUUUCGAAACUUUGUGGAUUCCUGCCUGCAGAAGAUCCCCCAGGACAGACCCACCUCUGACAUGCUGCUGAAGCACCGCUUCCUGCAAAGAGAGCGCCCGCAGACCGUCAUCAUGGAGCUGAUCCAACGCACAAAGGAUGCUGUGCGAGAGCUGGAUAAUCUGCAGUACCGCAAAAUGAAGAAAAUCCUCUUCCAGGACACCCAGAAUGGGCCAAACACCGAGACUACAGAGGAGGAGGAGGAGGCAGAACAGUUUUUACACUGCACGGGCACCAUAACCAGCAUGGAAAGCAGCCAGUCAGUGCCAAGCAUGUCCAUCAGCGCCAGCAGUCAGAGCAGCUCCGUCAACAGUCUCGCUGAUGCUUCCGACGACAGCGGAGAAAUGGCAAUGAUGCAGGAGGGGGAGCACACAGUGACGUCUAACAGCUCUGUCAUUCACCGCCUUCCAGCACACGAUAAUAUAUAUGAUGAUCCGUACCAGCCAGAGAUGGAAGCCCAGCAGUCGUCAUCGGCAGCCCGCCGCAGGGCCUAUUGCCGCAACCGUGACCACUUUGCCACUAUCAGAACCGCAUCUCUGGUAACCCGACAGAUCCAGGAACAUGAACAGGACUCGGCGCUGCGAGAGCAGAUGUCUGGCUACAAACGCAUGCGGCGACAGCACCAGAAGCAGCUGAUGGCUUUAGAGAACAAGCUGAAGUCGGAGCUGGACGAGCACCAGCAGCGGUUGGACAAGGAGCUGGAGGCUCACCGGAGCAACUUUUCUGCUGAGAAUGACAAGAUAUCCAAGAAGCACCAAGCCAUCUUCGAGAAGGAGGCUAAGGCGGCUAUGACAGAGGAGAAGAAAUUCCAGCAGCACAUCCUGGGCCAGCAAAAGAAGGAGCUCACCAACCUGCUGGAGAGCCAGAAGCGCCAGUACAAGAUCCGCAAGGAGCAGCUAAAGGAGGAGUUGCAGGAGAAUCAGAGCACCCCGAAACGAGAGAAACAGGAAUGGCUGCUGCGGCAGAAGGAGAGCAUGCAACACUACCAGGCAGAGGAGGAGGCCAACCUGCUGCGCCGACAGAGACAGUACUUUGAGUUGCAGUGCCGGCAGUACAAGCGCAAAAUGCUGCUGGCGCGGCACAACCUGGACCAGGAUCUGCUUCGAGAGGAGCUAAACAAAAAGCAGACUCAGCGGGAUCUAGAGUGCGCCAUGCUCCUGCGCCAGCACGAGUGCACCCAAGAGUUGGAGUUCCGCCACCUGCAGCUCCUGCAGCACACGAGGAGCGAACUCAUUCGCAUGCAGCACCAGACAGAACUGGGGAACCAGCUGGAGUACAACAAGCGGCGGGAGCAGGAACUGCGACAGAAGCAUGCCGCUGAGGUCCGACAGCAGCCCAAAAGCCUCAAAGUAAGGCCUGGGGAGGUGGAGGAUGAGGAUGUGGAGGAAGAGGGGGGAGAGGGAGACCACUUUAGCCUCUGUAGCUCUGAGGAUGAGGAAGAGCCUGUGUAUUUAGAGGUGACCCCAGAGCGCACAGAGGCAGACGGGUGCCCAGACCUGGAGGUCCCCUAUUUUGAGCUGUCUUCCGAAUGGGCUCCAGAGCCUAGCACCCCUCUGCGCCAAGCUCCAGCCCCAACUGGCUCCUCCCUGCCAAGCCACGCCCUAUGUGCUAUCCUUACCCUGCUAGCAGCUUCCCGUCCUUUUUGCCCUUGGUCAUUACUCCCACUGCUUCUGGCCCUUCUCACCCUGUGGAGGCCCGGACCCUUGCUGGACUCAGUCCUGGUGGCUCUAGAGACACUGGGGGCCAGCCUGCUUUGCUGCUACAUUAUGUUGUACUGGGUCUUUGACUUGAGUCCUGCCUCCUUCCUGCUGCUGGCCCAAAGCUGUGGGGCAGUAGCCGCGCUAGCCUUAAGCUACCGAUUGCGAUUAUAUUAUGUGCCUGUUCUUGCCAUAGCAGUCGGGGUGUUCACGUCUCCAGGCAUCUUCCUUUCGCUUUUCCUGGUGGCUGGCUCACUGGGGAGGCCAGCUGGGGAGUGGCUGAAAGACUGGCCAAAACGGGCACGUCGACUAUGGCUCCGUGCCCUCCUGCGCUUGCCCAGCCCUCUGUUUAGAGUCCUACAGCGCUGCGGAGCGGCCGGAGAAGGCGGCCUGUUUUACCUUUUCCCAAAAACCUACAAAGGUGGGUUCCGAAGCCGUAUCCCAGUGCUGGCCGGCGACUCUCGGGCUGUAAGUGGGGGCUGGGUCUAUUGGCGCAGGAGGAUUGUUAACGCACCAUCACGAAUGGUAAAAAUGGUGAAUCAGAAGCUUGCCAGGGGGGUGCGAAGGCUGUGUGGGGUCCUUCCUCCAGUGGCUCUUAUUUACAUGGAAAAGAUGCGGCUCCUUCGAGCAGAGAAGCCCAGCAGAAUUCCUAGACUGAUGAGCCAGGAGCAGCGCAGCCGACAGGCCUCCAAGCGUAGGGAGCUGAGAGAGACCCCGCUGGGUAGGGGGGGGGGCAGGCACAGCGCUGUCAGGAGAACAAAGCCGCUCGUACCAUGGAGGUGAGCAACAAGCUAUUAGUCUUAACCAUAAAGUGCCUUAUUGCAAUGAAGUGCAGUUAGGGGUGGGUUCAGAAGCACCUUGGGGCCAUUAAAUGGGAACAAACCACUGGCAUUGUCUGUAAGGGAUGCAGUUUUGUUUUGCCUUUUUCCUUGUGUUUGGGUGGGUCGUGCUGGUCUCUGAGCCAAGGAAGUCUAAUCCCCACCUAUAUCUGCACUGAGGGGUUCUGGGCUGUCUGACCUCCUGGGCGGGGGGCAUCUGUUGGGUCAUACCACUGACCCCCCCAGUACUAGUUAGUAACACUACCCAGAUAACUGCAUAGAAAAGCUUGUAUUUAUAUGUUGUGGUUUUUGUGAGGCUUGUUUUCCAUUGUGAAGCUGAUCCCAGCUUUCUUCAACCAUUGGUUGUCUUAAACUGAUGUCAUACUGGGAGUGGCCUAUAGGGUGUGUGGCUGCUCUGUAUGUUUCUCCAUGAUUGUAUGGGAGCUCUAUGUGGGGGCAUUUGGGCCUAUUUGUCAUCCUUUGCGUUAUUCUGAUGUAUGCUGUUUAAUCUUAUCCUGUUAUUACUCUGGGAAAAGUGUAUUUUUAAUAUUUUCUCAUCAAGCUGAGCAGGCUCUCUUAGACUGAAGUCAUUGGUCACUUUUUAUUGGGCAGAUUCUCUGGGAUGACUUCCUUGGGGUGAGAUACAGUAAGUUACAGUAGCAUAGCCCUGCCCACGUGGCUGCUGAGUCUGACGUGGCACGGGCCAAUAGAAAGUGAGCUUGCCCAUCUUGGUCGGUGUGCUUGUCCGGCACUGAUCUGGCUAUGGUGAGCUGCUGGAGUCAGACACACUGAUUUGACUUUAAUGUAACUUGUCUACACUGAGGAGUAUAUUUAUCACAAUGUGUAAAAAGUGGAGUAAAACAUUACCGGUGAUGUUGCUUAUGGCAGCCAAUCAGAUGCUUUCCUUAUUAAAUCUAACUGCUGAUUGGUUGCCCUGGGCAACAUCACCGGUAAAGCUUCAUUCCAUUUCUUACACAGCAUUGGUAAAUAUACCCCUAAACAUGAGGUUUGAUGUAGUGCAAUAAUGGGUUAAUACAGGAGACUGUAGGGGUUGGGGGGCACGGGAGCUCUAAUGGUUAAUCACUGCCUGCAGGGUGAGUCUGUGCUACUGGGUGCCCAGGCCAAAGCAAAAUGCUUUCUGUGGGUGUGAGUGUAUUUCCAUUUACUGUUUUUAUUGUGGUUUUUUUAUUUUUCUAUUCUUUUUAUAAAAUGUUUUGGGGUCACGGGGCUGAGGGGCCUUUUCAGAUCUUUAUUAUCUCGAGCUGCUGAUAUUUCUGGCGAGCCCCUUCUCCCCCUCUCCUAUUUGCACUAAGUGAUCCAAUGAUAUGGGGGGGGGUCAAAUAUUUUAUAUAAAAAAAGUAUUUUAGGGAAAUGGUAAAUAGAAAUUAGAAAGCGACUGCCAAAGAUGAUUGCUUCUUGUAAAAGAAUGCGUUUGCUUUACGUUACCAGCCCAAGUUGCAUUAGAAUUGUCCCAGGUCUUUGAUUGCAGCUGGAUGCAGCAUUUAUCCCUGCCUGUUACAUUCUGCUUUCAGUUCAAUUUAUAUAUAUAAUUUUAAGGCUUUUUCUGGCCAUAUGCACAGAAUGUAUGGGUGGGCUGGGAGCCUGUGGGUACUGUGCCUCUAUAAUAUUGCAUAUCUCUCUGUGUCUGGGAGGGGAAAUCCAUACUGUAUAGCUUUACUGCACUGUUAGGAUUGUUCUGCCUGGGACGGCCAAUGGCAUUCAUCUGUUUGAUGCCUUUAGCAGCCCAUAAUCCUGGUUAUUUCAGCAUUGGAUUUCCAUUGGUGUCUGCAGCGCCCUCUGGUGGCCAAGCUCGGAUCAGUACAGUUGUGGCUGUGUGUAGCCCUUCUGGGUACUGUUUGCAUUGUGACGCACCUUACAGUGACACCUAGUGGGCAUUCUCGGUAACAGAGUUUUUUUUAAAUCCAAUUGCUGUUUCCUACCAGUUUAGGAAAAUCCAUUAACCCUUUCUCUGCCAGAGACCAGCCUCCCCCCCCCCAAAACGCAGGUCAAAAAAAAAAAACAAAACAAAACACGUUUUUGUGGUAUAUCACCUUAUGUUUUUGUUUUAUUUUUAUUUAAGUCUUUUGUACAUAAUCCUGAAAUUUCUGUAUCAUUUCCUAUAUUUAUUUUGUCCCCUCCCCGCACACUGUACAAACUGCUGACAUUUGUGAUUUAUCAACAUGAAGAUAUAUAUGUACUUGCAUUUAACCCCUGCUGCCAGACCCCCUGCACACUGGCCAGUGAGAGGUUUACAUGGACUUACAUAUAUAUAUUCCUUGCCAUCUUUUUGUUCUUUGUCCCAAUGUAAAUAAGGCUUCUUUUGUGUUUUGUGUUUUGUUUUGUUUUUUUUUGUAAUAAACGUAUGAAUGGAAUUUGACCUCA